AUGAAACUUAGCGGCUCUGAGUCGGGCGACCUGAAGAUGGAGAGGAUCGCUCUCAGGAGAUGGUCUCCGGAGGCAUGUAGGAGUUUCGGAUGGGCUCAAAAUCCUAUGUUCUCCUCUUCCACAUUCGCCAGGGGAUGUGUCGAGCGGGACAUCUACAAAGGAGCCCCUUUUGCUCAGCAUCCAUCAGCAGUCUUGGGUGAUACUCAGAAACUUUCAGAUCUGAGGAUUGUGUUAAUAGGAUGUAAAUAUGCUGGUAAGAGUUCAUCAGGAAACAUCAUCCUGAACAGAGAGGAGAUUGACAUGAAGAGAUCUCAGUGUGUGAAGAGACAGAGUGAAGUAGCAGACAGACACAUCACUGUGAUUGAAGCUCCUGGAUGGUGGUGGACAACACCUGUAGAUCAGAGCUCUGAGUUACUAAAAGAAGAGAUUUUACUCAGUGUGUCUCUGUGUCCUCCAGGACCUCACAUUGUUCUUCUGGUUAUAUGUGUGGAUGACAGAUUUAAAGAUGAUGAGAGAAAAGUAUGUCAGGGUUAUGUUGAUCUUCUAGGUGAGAGAGUCUGGAGUCACACUAUAGUGAUCUUCACUCGUGGAGACGUUCUAGGAGAGACAACUAUAGAGCAACACAUUGAGAGUGAAGGUGAGGAUCUCCAGUGGCUGGUGGAGAAAUGUGGGAACAGAUAUCAUCUUCUCAACAAUAACAACAGAAGUGAUGAGACUCAGAUCAAAGAUCUGCUGGAGAAGAUAGAGGAGACAGUGACAGAAAACAACGGCUGCCAUUUUGAAAUGGACAGAAAGAUUUUACAGGAGAUGGAAGACAGAAAGAGAGCAGAGGAAGAAAGAGCAGAAGAACAAAUGAAGAGGAUGAAGAAACAGAGAGAGAUGAUCAGAUCACAGAUGGGUGAUAACACACAGGUGGAUCUGAGGAUUGUGUUAUUGGGAUAUAAAUUUGCCGGUAAGAGUUCAUCAGGAAACACCAUCCUGAACAGAGAGGAGUUUGAUUUGAAGACAUCUGCUCAGUGUGUGAUGAGACAGAGGGAAGUAGCAGACAGACACAUCACUGUGAUUGAAGCUCCUGGAUGGUGGAGAAAUGAACCUGUAGAAAGGAGCACUGGGUUAUUGAAAGAAGAGAUUUUACUCAGUGUGUCUCUGUGUUCUCCAGGACCUCACAUUGUUCUUCUGGUUAUACGUGUGGACACCAGAUUUACAGAGGACGAUAGAAAAGUAUUACAGGGUUAUGUUGAUCUUCUGAGUGAGAGAGUCUGGAGUCACACUAUAGUGCUCUUCACUUAUGGUGAUCUUCUGGGAGACACAACUAUAGAGCAACACAUUGAGAGUGAAGGUGAGGAUCUCCAGUGGCUGGUGGAGAAAUGUGGGAACAGAUAUCAUCUUCUCAACAAUAACAUCAGAAGUGAUGAGACUCAGAUCAAAGAUUUGCUGGAGAAGAUAGAGGAGACAGUGACAGAAAACAACGGCUGCCAUUUUGAAAUGGACAGAAAGAUUUUACAGGAGAUGGAAGACAGAAGGAGAGCAGAGGAAGAGAGAGCAAAUGAACGAAUGAAGAGGAUGAAGAAACAGAGAGAGAUGAUCAGAUCACAGAUGAAUCUGAGGAUUGUGUUAAUAGGGUAUAAAUGUGCUGGUAAGAGUUCAUCAGGAAACAUAAUCCUGAACAGAGAUGAGUUUGACUUGAGGACAUCUGCUCAAUGUGUAAAGAGACAAAGAGAAGUAGUAGACAGACACAUCACUGUGAUUGAAGCUCCUGGAUGGUGGAUUGAUGAACCUGUAGAGGAGAGCACUGAGUUACUGAAAGAAGAGAUUUUACUCAGUGUGUCUCUGUGUCCUCCAGGACCUCACAUUGUUCUGCUGGUUAUACGUGUUGAUUAUAUUUUUAAAGAGGAUGAGAGAAAAGUAUUUCAGGGUUAUGUUGAUCUUCUGGGUGAGAGAGUCUGGAGUCACACUAUAGUGCUCUUCACUCAUGGAGAUCUUCUAGGAGACACAUCUAUAGAGAAACACAUUGAGAGUGAAGGUGAGGAUCUCCAGUGGCUGGUGGAGAAAUGUGGGAACAGAUAUCAUCUUCUCAACAAUAACAACAGAAGUGAUGAGACUCAGAUCAAAGAUCUGCUGGAAAAGAUAGAGGAGACAGUGACAGAAAACAAUGGCCACCAUUUCGUAAUGAACAGAAAGAGAGCAGAAGGAGAGAAAGCAAGAUCACAAAUUAGUAAGUGA